CUCCUUCACUCAGCUAAUGUGCGAGGCUCAACUCCCAGAAAAGAUAAACUACUACUUGUUGCUGCUGCUGUAUUGCUCCCCCCGCCAUCUGCUACAACCACGCAUCUCGAACGUCUCGAUUGUCCCAACUUCCAUCAUAUAUUAUGGCUGGAAUCUUCUCAGCUCCUAGAAACAGUGGUACUCUCUUCCUCGGUGGUGAGAAAAUCAGUGGUUCCGACAUUCGAGACCAAAAUGUUCUCGCUACGCAAGCUAUCGCAAAUAUCGUCAAGAGCUCCUUCGGCCCGGCCGGGCUCGACAAGAUGAUGGUGGAUGACAUUGGUGAUGUGACGGUGACCAACGACGGUGCUACAAUAUUGAGUCUGCUGGACGUGGACCAUCCUGCCGGAAAGAUUCUGGUACAGCUGGCGCAGCAACAAGAUAAAGAGGUUGGAGAUGGCACCACAACGGUAGUGAUACUCGCAUCCGAACUCAUCAAGCGAGCCAACGACCUGAUCCGCAACCGAAUCCACACCACAACCAUAAUAACCGGAUACCGAAUUGCGCUGCGGGAGGCCCUGCGGUUCAUGCAGGAUGUCAUGUCGGUUUCGGUGGACGCGUUAGGCCGGGAAACUCUUGUCAACAUCGCAAAGACCUCCAUGUCCUCCAAGAUCAUUGGUUCGGACUCGGAAUUCUUCGCCAACAUGUGCGUGGAUGCUAUGCAGGCGGUGAAGGCCACCAACGGCAGGGGUGAAACCAAGUAUCCGGUUAAGGCGGUCAACAUCCUGAAGGCCCACGGAAAGAGUGCGUUGGAGACGAUGUUGGUGAAGGGAUAUGCGUUGAACUGCACUGUCGCCUCGCAGGCCAUGCCUAUCCGAAUCCAGAACGCAAAGAUCGCUGUCCUCGACAUCAACUUCCAGAAGCAGAGAAUGGCCCUCGGCGUGCACAUCACCAUCGACGACCCUGCGCAGCUCGAGAAGAUCCGCGAGAGGGAAGCAUCCAUGGUGUUGGACCGCAUCAAGCUCAUCCUCGAUGCCGGCGCCAACGUCGUGCUGACCACCAAGGGUAUUGACGACCUGUGCCUGAAGUCCUUUGUGGAACGGGGUGUCAUGGCCGUACGUCGCUGCAAGAAGGAGGACCUCCGAAGAAUCGCCAAGGCAACCGGUGCUACUCUCGUCGGUUCGCUUUCCAACCUCGAGGGUGAUGAGGUCUUCGACCCGUCAAGUCUUGGUUUCGCCGAGGAGGUCGUCCAGGAGAGGAUAUCCGACGACGAGUGCAUCCUCGUCAAGGGAACCAAGGCCUUCCCCUCGGCUUCCAUCAUCCUCCGUGGUGCCAACGACUACCAGCUCGACGAGAUGGAGCGCUCCGUUCACGACUCCCUGUGCGCUGUCAAGCGGACACUCGAGAGCGGAAAGGUCGUCCCCGGCGGUGGAGCAGUAGAGACUGCCCUGUCCAUCUACCUCGAGAACUUCGCCACCACUUUGGGCUCCCGCGAACAGCUCGCGAUUGCCGAAUUUGCUACCGCCCUUCUCAUCAUCCCCAAGACUCUGGCGAUCAACGCCGCCAAGGACUCGUCCGACCUGGUUGCAAAACUGCGCUCAUACCACGCAGCCAGCCAGAACGCGGAUGAGACUGAUUCCAAGAAGAAGGGCUACAAGAACUACGGUCUGGACCUGAUGCGGGGCAAGGUCGUAGACGAGGUGAAGGCCGGUGUCCUCGAGCCGUCCAUGAGUAAGGUCAAGUCUCUCAAAAGUGCCGUCGAGGCUUGUAUCUCGAUCAUGCGUAUCGAUACGAUGAUCAAACUGGAUCCCGAACAACCAGCCGAGGAUCCUCAUGGCGGGCAAUAGACGGCGACGGUAAUGGACAAGAGAGGGAUGGAUGGAUGUCCAUAGUUAGAUCUAUGAAAUAUCACGAUAGCCGUUCGUCCUAAGAGCUGAGAAGAAGUCGAGCCAUCAUUUCGCCCAGCGUAACAAAAGAAGUAUAUUACAUGUAACCCAUGUCCGUAAUGCGGCUACCCAAAUCUAAAUAUCUUACACCCGAUCAAAACCCCCGAAAAAGCCAUUAGAAAAGAUCAUAACCUGUCCAGCCCCAAGUACCACUUGACCGCGCACGCCAUCAGCAAGAGUACCCAAAUGAGCACCGUGGUCCUCCCCCAUCCCCACCCCCUUCUCCUACCAACAACCCUCUUCCUCACCGCGCCCUCCCCCUUUG